AUGGCUGAAGAAUAUAGACACUCACUGACUGACGCAAAUGCUGAAAAUUUAGAUUCAGAUAGUGCAGGUGAAACGCCAACGGGUGAUUUUCUCGUGAAAAAAAUGGCGAGGACAACAAAAGACGCUUCUUCAAAGAAAAAGAAACGUGUGUCAAAGACGGCUGAACUUGAGAAUAAGUUAAACAGUAUGGAAGACAGGUUUGAUAAGAAAAUGGAUAUGUUAUUUGCUGUUAUGAACAAGUCAUGUGCUACUAUAGGUAGUUCGACUAUUACACAGGUUUCUCAAUCUGGUGGUUUAGCCACGCAGAGAGAACAAAGUUCGGAUAACGUCCCAAGUACAGGGGAGCGUAGACCGGUAAUUUCUUUGAAUGCAAAUCUUGAUGAGGACUUGGGAAGUCCUAGAAUUAUCAGAAAUAUUGAUUUUGACAAUAGGUCAGAAAUUUCUCUUCAUAUAGACAGUCGUGAAAAGGCUGAUUUACUUGGUUUAUGUUCAUCAGAGGAUGAAUAUUCUCGUGGCCUCAGUAGUCCUGUUUAUUCUCAGGCUGGCAAUAAAUCUAGAAAUGUUGAAAGAUUUAGUCAAUAUCUACAAACUCAACCUACUAUAAGUAACAAUGUUGAAAGUCAGUCAAAUCAGAGACAAACAAGUAACAUUGAUAAUAAUAACAAUAAAACUGUAGACAAGCAGUCAGAUAAUUUAAAUUUAUUGUCUAAACUUUUCAAGGAAGAUAUUCCUUCAGAAUCUUCUGAUAAUUCUGGUGGCUUGAUCAUUGAUGAGGCACAGGUUAGAAUUCUAGAACGUUCCUGGAGAACUAAAAAUCCAGAGAAACUUACAGCUUAUAAAGAUGAAUACCGUAGUUGUUUUCCGGUUAAUGAUAAAUCUAAAAGCUUUUUGCAAGUACCCAGUUUGGAUGAUUUAUUAGAACCAAUGAUAAGAACUGUUCAUGGUACAAAUAGUGUUAAGUCAUGGGACAAACAUAAGCAGUUGGUUACUCAACCUUUAAAACAGAUAGAGAAUCUAGCCUAUCAAGGGCAGGUGGCUUCACGUAUGGGUAUUAUAUCAGUGUUGUAUAUGCAACAAACAUUAGGAACCUUAUUAGAGAGGGUUGAAAAUGAAAAUGUUAGUGAUGAAACUUGUCAAAUGGUGAAGGACUUGUUUGCAAUUUCGACAAAGUCUCUUGAUCAGGUAGGACGCACAGGUGCGUUUAACCAUAUGAUACGCAGGAAGGCUGCAGCUACUGAGUCUGGUUUAAAUAACUUGAAAGAUAUACAGACUAAAGUUUUGUAUUUACCUCUUUCGAAUGAAGGUGUAUUUGGUAAAGGUUUGGAAGACAAACUUGAGAAACGUAAAGAACAACGUGAGCAACUAGACGAUCUGUUACCAGAGUAUAAGAACAAUAAUAAGAGAAAGUUUGAAUCUACUCAGGUGCGUCAAGAUUGGCAAAAUAAAGCUCCUAGAUAUAGUUCUAACAAUAGUUAUACUCAUGUUAAUUAUAACAAUGCUAAUUCAGCUGAUAAACGUUCAGGUUUUAGUUAUAAUAAAUCUUCUGUGAGAUCUGCUCCUAGGAAGUUCCAGAAAGACAAUAAAGCUGAUGACUUUGGGAAAAAAGAUGAAGAAAAGAAAGCAGGUGGCAACUGGAAUUCUUUUCGGAUCCCAAAGAAAAACAGUAGCUGACUUAGAGUUAAAGGAGAUGUAGCGAUCUGCAGGCACUAAGAACGGAUGAAGGCUCCAUGAGAAUACAGACUAAAGGAAUUACGUUUAUAAGACAU